AUAUAAAGGUUAAACUAUUUGGGGUAUAUUUAUUCAUAAAUGAAGGAAGAAAGGAAAUGUUUAAUUAAUAUUGUUGAGAAAGCAGUAUUAGAGACAAUGGAAAUGUAAAGGUUUGAAUAAACGUUUAAUUACAAAAAGUAUUUUCAAAAUGACUAUGUGAUUACUGCAAAUAAAGAAAUAAGGAAAAGCUACAUCUGUCUUUAGGUGUUGUAUAGAUCAACAAAGUAAACUGGUUUAAACAAGAUAUUGUACAAAAUGGCUACCGGUGGAGAAAUAAAUACUGAUAUUCUUUCUGAUGAAAUAUUUGAUGUACUUUGUUCAAUGUGUAAAAAUGGUGGUAAAAAAACUGAAGGUGAAAAAUUCUGUGUAGACUGUCAUGAUUAUUUCUGCAUAAAUUGUGUAAAGAUUCACAGUCAAGUGCCUUUGUGUGUUGGUCACAAGGUGUUGGAUAAAUCUCAAGUUAACUCAGGAACCAGUAAAGGUCUGCCAAGGGCACCAGCAGAGAGAUGUGACAGACACAGUCAUAAACACAUUGAUAUGUACUGUCAGAAUCAUGAUAAUGUUGGCUGUUCUACAUGUAUGACAAUUGAUCACAGAUCAUGUAAGGAUAUAUUCUAUAUACCAGAAUUCAUCCAAAACAAAUCAUACCAAGUGGCUACAAGAGAAAUUCAAACAAAGCUGAAGGCAUUAGUCAAGACGCUUGCUGUACAAGCUAACAAAUUUCAACAGGAUAAACAGAACCUUCAGAAUAGAAAGGCUGAGUUACUGGAUGCUAUUAGAAAAUUCCGACAAGAAAUUAAUGACCAACUAGACAAGCUGGAGAAAAAUUCUGUAGAUGAGAUAGAAAAUAAAUUCAAACUUCUUGAAGACAAGAUUGAAGAAGGUCUCAAACAGUUACAAACACACAAAGCAAAGGUUAAAUCAGCUAAUGAUAAAUUAACAUCUCCAAACCCAAAUCAAGCUGAAUUGUUUGUUCAUGUGAAGAUGGGGGAAGAUGCUGAAAAUGUUGCCAACAAAUUUAUAGAAGAUACCAUAACGAGGAUAACAGUAAGUGACACAGAGUUCAAACCUAACAGAAAUCUCCUUCAACAGCUGAAACAAAACCAAACCAUUGGCAUGCUGACAGAGAAAACUACAAAAACUGCUGACAAGUUGCUUCAGAUUACAGGAGGGCAAUCAUACUGUGCCAAAGUUAAGUCAGAUGAAUACACAUGUUCUAUCUUCAGUGCCUGCUAUAUGGAAGAUGGUAAAAUAAUCCUGGCUGACUACAACAACCAGAAGCUUAAAAGAUUAGAUUGUCACAAUUAUACCAUCACAGAUUGCUAUAAUCUACCUGGAGAGCCAUAUCAAAUAUGUAAAAUUAAUGAAACACAAGUAGCAGUAACAUUAUACACCAAACAGGAAGUUCAUUUGAUUUCUGUAGACAGACAAAUGAAAACAACAAACAAGAUUAAAACUGAUUUUGACUGUCUUGGUCUUGCAUAUGCAAACAAUCAUUUAUAUAUUUCUGAUUUCACAUCAGUCUAUAUCUAUACAAUGUCUGGCAGGAAACUUAAACAGUUUAGUACUGACCUGUCAGGACAGAAACCGUUCUCUGACAUAAACAGUAUAGCUGUCAGUAGGGAUGCUACAAGGGUUUAUGUUACUGAUCCUUAUAAAGGACUGAGAAUACUGGAGACCAAUGGUCAGAUGUUUACAACAUUUAAAGGUAAACAAUUACAGGGUGCUUUUUAUUGUCAUCUCACUGAAGCAGGUAGUGUGCUGGUAUCUGGAUAUCAAUCCAAAAAUGUUUUACAGUUUACAUCUGAUGGUAAGCUGAUAGGAGAGGUCACAAAAGCUGAUAGUGGAAAACAAGGAAUAAACACACUUUGUUGUAAUCAACAAAUGUCUAAGAUGUGUAUAAGCAGAGUGGGUGCAGACAAUAUUGAAGUGUAUAAUAUCUGAUCAGUUAUGUAAAUUAAUACAAACAAGCAUAUAAUCAUGAUUAUUGAAAUGAAAGAAUAAAUAUAAAACAUGAAAUGUAACCAAAAAAAAAACAACAUAAAAACAACAACAACAGAAAACAACAACAAAAAACAGAAAACAAUACUAAUAUGCUGUGUGAUAAAAAAUAUGUACAGUAAAACCCUUAAUUAAGGCCACUAUCAGGACUGAACCAAAGUGGUCUUAAUUGUGGGGUGGACUUAAUUGUUGAUAUUCUUAUCAUUGCUUACACACUUUAUGACCAUGGUCUAUUUUAAUCAAUGAACAAACAAAAUGUAUCUUAACCCUCAAAUACAAUAUAAAAGUAUGUUAUAAUAUUUAAAUCUUAUGGGAAGA